GAAGUGAUUCUCGGCAACGUGAAAGAAAUGCUUCCAGACGUUUGCAAAGUGAUAUAACAUCCAUGGCGGGACAACUGAAGCGUCUGAAAGAUGCAGUGAAGAUCAUUGGGUCCGGCAGCGUCCUGUUUGUCUCCUACCUCACUGCUGUGGGAGAUGAGCGCUUCUACACCAACCAGCUCAUGCCCUUGCUGCAGAGGAUUGUGGGAGCAGAGACAGCCCAUGUCAUGGCUGUGAGGUUAAUCGGCCUGGGUCUGGUGCCUCUGAACCGCUACCAGGAUCCAGUAUCACUGGAAGUGAACGUCAUGGGCUGUAAAUUCAAGAACCCCAUAGGGAUAGCAGCAGGAUUUGACAAGCAUGGGGAGGCUGUUGACGGGCUUUAUAGACUAGGCUUUGGCUUCGUGGAGGUGGGGACCAUCACCCCCAAACCCCAGGAGGGGAACCCCAAACCACGUGUUUUCAGACUGACCACUGACCAGGCGGUCAUCAACCGAUAUGGGUUCAACAGCUGUGGUCUUGCAGCAGCACGGGAGAGACUAAAGGCAAGAGAAGGCACCCAGGUAGAGCUGACUAAAGCUGGCCUGCCCCUGGGCAUCAACCUGGGAAAGAACAAGCUGUCGCAGGACGCAGUGGCAGACUACCUGGAGGGGGUGCGGACGCUGGGCCCUCUGGCUGAUUACCUGGUGGUGAACGUGAGCAGCCCCAACACCCCAGGCCUCAGGGACCUGCAGGGGAAAGGGGAACUUCGACAACUGCUGUACAAGGUGCUGAAGGAGCGUGAUGCCCUACAGGGGGGGAGCAGGCCACCUGUACUGGUGAAGAUUGCCCCUGACCUCACCGCCCAGGAUAAGCAGGACAUUGCUGAUGUGGUCACAGAGCUUGGUGUGGAUGGGCUGUUGGUCUCCAACACUACAGUAUCCAGGCCUGAGACCCUACAGGACCCCCAGAGUAAAGAGGGGGGAGGGUUGAGCGGCCAGCCCAUCAAGGAGCUCUCUACACGCACAGUGAGAGAGAUGUACAGCUUGACAAAAGGUAAGGUGCCAAUCAUUGGAGUUGGGGGUGUAGCCAGUGGACAAGAUGCCCUGGACAAGAUCUGUGCUGGAGCCUCAUUGGUCCAGUUGUACACAUCUUUAACCUAUCAUGGUCCACCAAUUGUCAUCAAAAUCAAAAGGGAACUAGAACAGCUUUUAAAAGAACAAGGAUUUGCAAGCAUAUCGGAUGCUGUUGGAGCUGACCAUAGAGGAGCUGAGGGGAGAUUUCAACAACAGCCUAGUUAGGGACAAUGAUCAAGGCUCUGAGUGUCAGUAUCAGUCAGCUCUACAGGUUUGACUGAUUACAAUACAGUUUCCUGCCUUCACUUGAAGUCUAUAGUACAUGGAGUGGCUUGCCUGGUCAAUUCAUGUAACGACUGCCUAGAAUGAUAUCUGUGCACACAAAUAUUACAGCAGUAUUGGGAACCUGCCCCAUUUCACGUUCUUACUGGAUCUGUUGGUUAUUGGGCGAUGUAACCGUAAGAAUGGUUAAGUGCUAACAGUAUUUUGACACUAGCAGUCACGUUGUCAUGUGUAAUGUAUGUAAAAAAUAAACUGUUUUUUAAAAUUA